AUGACGUACAAAUCAGUCCUCCCGCAGCUUUUUGAAAGAAUCGCUGUGGAUGGGGCGAUAACGCCAACCGCCCUUCGCCUGAGGGUGGAGGAAGAGCAUGACCGCGUCCAGCAAGGCGAGCCAAGUCUCGAUGAUGAUAUGCAUCAGUAUGUGGUAGAGAGGAAUGUCUGGAGAGCACUGUACUCUGACGAGUAUGGCAACACAAUUCCUAGGUUCACUGGCAUCAAGCCAGCUCCAGCAUCGCAACUAUCCACGAUUGAGGCUGAACUUGCUGAGCCACAAUUUCCAAAGCCUGCUGAGUUUAUUCAAUUGGAGACCAACAAGACGUCACCUCAGAAUCCUCCUAGCCACGUGCCACAAUUUCUUGCCCGACAAUCACCUUCAAGCUCAGCCUUGUCGAAGACAGAGCGAUCUUCUCGAACAGAGUCUGUGACAAGUAUGCCGUCUAGGUCCCCGCAACCUGGUCUCAAAAGCCAUCUCCGCCGUACCGGAUACGAACAGAAACGACAAGACCAAAUUAAAAAUGCCCCUAAAAGUCCUCAAAAAGACUCGAAACGUCGACCACAAACUGACAAUACCUUCGGUUCUCAUUACCCGGAAUCCUUUGAACGUCGGCUGAGAAACCAACCCAAUUCGAAUGCCGUGGCAUUCAAGCAAAAUUUGAAACAACAAUUCGACAACUCAAGACAUCCACUAUCUGUCCCUGUUGGAUAUCGACCGUCAUACUGGGAUGAUGAGCGAGGCUGUCCCUUUGGUGCCGUCUUCCCCGUCGGUAGCAAUACAUACACUGCUAUUCUCGGACCCCAAGCGGAAUAUCUCAUAGAAAUAAACCAUCGACUGGGGUACGAUUUGCGAAACAAUAUUGGGCCAGUCCGACUCUUCUUCCUACGUUCUUCAUUGGGGAGGGACAACACAACUCCCAUGGUGUGGCUGGAUGUCGCGAAAGGCAUGGACCCAAAUACUCCAACCAAUAUAGAGCUGCUGCACAAAUUCCAAAGCUUCUUGUAUGAAUAUGAUGCUAAGAGUGGAGAGCUCAGGCCGAUUCAUCUUGCUUUCGACGUUUGGGUAGAACGAGCUCCAGGAAUUUCCCGGCAAUGCAUCGAAAAUAGGCGUCAACUACAAUACCCAAUCUCCGGAAAGGAUAAUACCAACAGAAACUAUUCAGAGCAUGUGGAUGCCAAUAGGAGAAAGGAGAGAGAUUUCCAAGCUCUUGACCAAUUUCCUGAAAAUUCUUAUCCCUCCUCUGAGGCAGACAAUAACCGUCGUCGUGAGCCCCAUUUCUACCAGGAGCGCUCACACGAGGUACGAACUCGGGAGCCACGAAACUCAAAUAGGGUACAAUCGAGCGUAUCUCAGUCUCGAUCUUCAAGUAGACAGUCCGCCACGUCAGAGAGCACCUACAGAGUAGUGAAGCGUGAGAGAUCACGAUCUCCAGAGAUUCGCCUAGCAACCAGACGACGUCAUUGA